AAAAGAGUCUUCCAAUUCCUACUGAGAGAGAACACAAUUCUUUCUCAUAAUCGUAUUCUGAAUUCGGGAGGGAUUUUUUUAAUUCCUUCAAUCUUCUCAAUUCUCUCCACCGUUUCGAUUUCCCCUUUUUUUUUUUUCCUUUUUUUUCCCCUUCUCUCUCGUCUUUGCUUUCCCCUUUCUCCCUUUGGAGUCUGGACGAUUGUUUCUUCCGCCGGGUUUGAAGGUAUGCAGUCAAAGUCUGAAACCAAUAAUCAGCUCGAAUCUGAUCCAAAUGGUGCGCCGUCCACAAGUCUCUAUUACGAACCCUGGUGGCGUGGUAUUGGGUACAAUCCUAUUCCCUUGCCUGUGGUAGGGGGAAAUGUUUCCAGUUCAACUUCUCUUGAAUUCCCUAAUGGUGGUUCAGAGUCAAAUGAUGGUCAGUCUGUGUCUAAUAAUGAUUUAAACGAUGAAGAAGAUGAUGUUACCAAAGAAGUGCAAGCUACUGGAUCCCCACAUUCUGCUGGAAGCUACAGACUGGAUGCUCAAAAGAUGCAGCAUGUUUCAUCCACUCUGCCAGCUAUGCACGGUGAAUGUCCGACGCAGUCUACACAACUCGAACUUGUUGGCCACUCUAUUGCAUGUGCAUCAAAUCCAUAUCAGGACCCAUAUUAUGGAGGAAUGAUGGCUUUUUAUGGUCACCAGCCCUUGGGAUAUCCUAUGGUUGGAGCACCGCAUGCUAGAAUGCCAUUGCCCAUUGAGAUAGCACAAGACCCCGUUUUUGUGAAUGCUAAGCAGUACCAAGGAAUUUUGAGGCGAAGGCAAGCACGUGCAAAAGCUGAGGCUGAGAAGAAGUUGAUAAAAGCCAGAAAGCCAUACCUCCAUGAAUCUAGACACCAGCAUGCCAUAAGAAGGACGAGGGGUAGUGGAGGGCGUUUUGCCAAGAAAGACGAAGCUAAUGAAAACGAGAUGCAUUCUGACAAAGCAAACGAGAGUGGUUACUGCCUAAACGACGGUUCCGAACAGCGAAAUGGAAGUUCAUCGAUGAACAAGGCCUCUCAGUAGCAACUUGCACCAACCACCAGUGGCGAAUACCAAGACGACGACGACCCAAUUCGGUUAGGGGGGAUCGAUUGCUUGGCUGUUAAAGUAAGUGGUACUGCAUUCCCGGCGAGCACGCUAGGCGGCAAAUCAUUCUUGGCUUUGUUCUGUUCUGAAAAAAGAUCGAAUGUGGAAUGACAUAUGACUUGCAGGAUCUCAUGGCUUGAAAGGCUUCUUUAUAAGUCUUUGGGAUCUCUCCUUCAUUCCAUUCUCCUGUUUUUUUGUGGCUUUUUGUACAGAGUUUAUUAUGAUGACUGGGGACUGAAGGGAGUGGGGAGUUUGACCUCAUGUAUUAUAUAGCAGAGUGAAACUAAAUGGAUCAUAAGGCUUAGGAUGGAUAUGGUUUGUGAUUCACAAAGCUUACUCUUGAAAUGUUUUUAGAUUUUUUAAUCUAAGGUGGACAGAUUACUGGUUCAAAUUAUAAUUUUCAGAUAAAAAACUGGGUGGAGUUUACAAGUUUUGCUUCA